CCCUGUUUGACAUUCAGAUUUUCUACACAUCACAGCUAUUAAGAAAUGAUUACAUAAAAUGGCAUCAACAAGUAAGGACUUCUGUACUCUUUGUAAAGAGGAUAGCGUCACAACUGAUUCGGAUACGUGGUGUACUGAAUGCGAUGUCUUCCUAUGUGUAGAAUGUGAGAAGCAUCAUAAACGGUCUAGAACAUCUAAAGAUCAUAAAACAAUAUCGGCUGAGAAUUAUCAUGAAUUGCCUUCUUUUAUUAAAGGAACGAGCAAUCUGUGUAAAAUCCAUGACAAAAAAUUUGAACUGUACUGUUCUUCACAUGCGUGUCCCUGUUGUGUACAUUGCACCACCGAUAACCAUCAAUUAUGUCAGACAAUGAAGCCAUUGUCCGACAUUCUAAAUCAAGUAAAAUCAUCAGCUGCGGUUCCUCUCCUUGAGAAAGAUCUGAAGUGUCUUAAAGAAAACUUAGAUGAGAUAAUAGAAUAUUUGAGAAACAGAAUACUUAUAAAUACAACACAGAAAACAGAGGCAAUUCAGAAUAUCCGAUCCAUGCGUAAAUCCAUCGAUGAUUACCUAAACCAACUAGAACAGCAAAUUCUUAAAGAUCUAGAAAUUGAACAUUCAAAUUUAAAAUCAGAAAUGGAGACGCUCUUACAUGAAGUGGAUAAACGAGCCAAACAGAUAAGGAAAUUGCAAAACGAAUUUUCAAAUAUGACUAAAUAUGCAACUGAACUUCAAACUUAUGUAGGUCUGAGGGAAAUUGAGAAAAUCACAUCACAAGAGGAAAACUACAUUGAGGAUUUAAAACGUGGUUCUUAUUUAAACAAAAGUAAUUUGCAUGUGACAACUACACCUGCUCUUGCUUCAAUUUUACAUGAUGUCAAAACAUUUGGAAAAAUUUCAGUUGACACCCGUCCCUGUAAUAUUGUGGCAAAUGCGGGAAGGAAAGAUCAAGCUCAGUAUUUAGUUCCUGUUCCUAUGAUAGAUCAAAUAAAGGCAUCGUUCUUUAGCACUCUUAAGGUACCACAAGUGAGAAAAAAGGGAUUUGCUGGCUGUUGUAUACUACCUGAUGGUAAUAUUGCUGCUCUUGAUUUGCAAAACUGUCUGUCGGUGUUUAAAAAUGAUGGGACAUUUAUCCGAAAGGUGGUGUCAUUUAAGGAUGAACCUGACAGUGUAUGUUUUGUUGAAAAUGGUACAGUGGCCGUUUCAUUUUAUAUUGCAAAGGAAGUUGUCCUUGUUGAUAUAGACAAAAGUAAGGUUGUCAGAAAUUUCAAGUUUCCUGAAGUAUGUUCAGGAAUUUCAAGUGAUGGUCAGGUUCUGGUCAUAGCAAUGCCUACUGAAAAAAAUGUCUGCGUCAUGAACCUUGAAGACAAAUCGAAACAAAACUUGGAAGGAAUUCAUGCACAUAAUAUUUCAUUGGUCAAGGGAAUUAUCUACGGCACCAACUUUUUGGAAAACACAGUUCAAUGCGUCAAGUUGAAUGGGGAAAAGCUUUGGACAUUUAUAGACCAGGACAUUAAUCAACCAAUGGGAAUUGCAUUAGAUAAAAACGGGUUUAUUUAUGUUGCUUGCAGCGGCAGUGAUAAAAUAGUCGUAGUUUCACCUGAUGGAAAAUCAUGCAGAACAAUAUUGAAUCACGAUAAUGGAAUUAAAGCUUUUCAAUCAAUAGCCAUUGAUAUGAGAUCGGGAAUAAUGUUAGUUGGAAGUGUAACCAAGGGUGAGGAUCCGUUACUAUUUAAACUCUGAAUCACAUAACUUUAAGUUAACAGUAACAUUAUUAUCUUUAUAUAUUGUUCAAUAACCUAUAGCUUUUAUUUUUAAACAAUCUUUAGUUUUUUAUCAGAUCAACAAAGUACAGACACGUGUAAUAACAUUUAUCUCCCUAAACUUGCUAAGUCGCUCUGUUAUUCUUGUGUCUGUCACAGUUUUAAUACAUGAGCAGAACUUAUCAGUGACAUCACAAUAUGACAGCAAAGAUUAUCAAGAUAACUUUCGUUAGGACAACCAAGCGUAAAACUGUAUAAGGAAGAGUGACUAUGACCAGAAAUGGUACGAUAAACACAAUAGGUUUUCUUCGUAAUGAUAUUGUAAAAUAUCAGUAGCUUGACACUAUGUGAAAUUUGUGAAUAAUUAAGCUGGUGUUUUGAUUUGAUGGCGAAGUAGAGAUUGUCUUCUUCAUUUAUAAUCAUACACCUUUUACAGGUUAUAUCUUCAAACCAAUGCAGAAAAAAUAGACUUAAUAUGAACUAAUAAAAUAUCAAAAAUGAAAAGAAAAUUUGCAUUCUUUGGAGAAGAACUGCCUAAAAAAGGUGACGACAAAUCUCCUUUUAUCCAAGUUGAUGUAUCAUUGUUAAUAUAUAUUUGACAUAUUGAAUAUAUCAUAUUCAUUUUUUUUAAAGUUUGAUUAAUUCUUGUGUUUUAUAUUUAACAGACAGUAGAAAGUUACUGUAUCAAUGUAAACACGUAGUAAUAAUUGUAAAAAAUAAUCAAAAACAUAUAUUGACUUGUACUGAGACAAAGACUACUGGAUGGUACCAAAAUUUUGCAUCAAGUUAUCUGGUGAUCUUUAGUCAGAAUGCAAAUAUGACCAUGAAUAUUUCCUUGCAUGUAAUAGAUACCCCACACAAGUUUACAGAUUUUACAUGAAGCAAAUCUUAUAAAGACAAUUUUUUGUUCAAUUUCAAUAAAGAGCAGCAUAUUAAUUUUCCAUA